AUUUGUUUUUGUAGACAUAUAAAACAUUUCAUAAGGCUUUGUAAGACUUCUUAACUCCUUCAGGGACAUUACAAGCAAAAUCUGACCUUUUCAUCACCAUAAAGAGAUCUGUGGUUUGCUGAAUGUGUGUAACAGUUUUGAAUCUGGGGGCAGCUGAGGAAGGGAGUAAGUGGAUGUUGCUUGUUGCACACAUUGGAUCAAGAUGUGAUGAGAUGUGAUCUGUGCUCCGUUUCAUUGAAGUAGUUAAAUGUCAGUUGGUUGCUUCCAUAAAUUAGAAUGCACUUCUUUUAAAGAUGCCUCAGAGCAAGUUACAGAAAAUAGGGUAACCAGACAUAAACUAAAAGUAUACUUCACUCUGCAUUGCUUUUCUGCAAUACCUGCCAUGCUGUGACUUCAGAGCUGAGCAGUGAUUCUGUUUUUCUGCAGUAGUUUAUGGGUUUGAGGUUAUACUUUUUUGAUGAGCUCUUCUAAGUAGAGAGAAAAGCAAAUUGUGCUAGGUUAAUGUAUGGUCUUGUAGCAUUUUUGUGUUUAAUCUAUGGAAAUCAAUAGGAUAACAGAAUGAAACAGUGUUAGCAAUAUUGGAGUAAAAAUGCUUUGCAAUAAAAGUAACGAACAAGCUUAGUGUUAUUUCAGAAAGUAGAUUUCUGACUCCUCUAGCAUAGUGUGAGAAACCAUAUGAGAUGACUCCUGCAUGAAUAGAUACUCAUCUGUGAAACUAAUCAGACUCCAGAAGUUAGCACUGAAGCAUUAGUUAUUCCAACUCAUCUGAGCCAGGAACGAAAUGCAUUGCUGAACUUUUUGCUCUCCCCACUCCUACAUCGUUCUGAACCUGUACAGCGCAGCUGUUACAGAGUUCUGCUGUACUUAACAUGCUUAUAUUUUGUGGAAUUUCCAUAAUUCUUCAUUAAAAGCUUUAACAUGGAGCUGCAAAUAAAAUAACUUGUCAAUUGUUGCACUCUUUAGGAAUACAUCUUCUGAUUUUUUUUUUUUUGUUUACAGUUUUUCUUCGAAUUUAGGCUUAGUUAUGGAGUUCUGUGUAAGUAAAAAUACACAUGCUAAAAUACUUCUGCUGUUUGUAAAGUAUACAGAUGGUACAGCUCUGUACGGAAUCUCUUUAGAUUGUAAACUUGAAGCAAUAGGCUCUAGAAAUAACUUAGUGCCAUGGGAGCUGUAUUUUUUUUUGUUACUGGACUUCUCGUGUGCCAAAGCAUUUAGCUUGGAAUUGGAAUCCUUCAAAAUGACUGAGAGUCAUUCUAGAUGCUCUUUUUUUAAGGCAGAAGUGAGUAGUUCAGAAUUCUGUUUGAAUGGGAAUGUGUAGGAAUUAAGCAUGUCUGAAUUAAAGGCUUCAAGAAAGCAAUGAGAUCAUCUCCUAUCCCUGACCGCUUCUGUGUUAUUUAUUUGUUUUCAUACUCUUCUUAAAAAGUUUCCCAGUUUGCUGAAAGGAGCUUACAGCAGUCUGGUGCUCUGACCAGUUCCUAGAAAUGUGCUUUCUUGCUCUUACUUAGCCAUGCUGAGAUCAGCAUCAAAAGAAAACCCUUCAGGUUUAAUUUUGUUUUAGAGCUUUAGUAGCAAUCUGUAUUCUACGUGUCAUUUGCUUCAGAGAACUCAUCUUUAUGGCUUCUUUCCACCAGACCACUAUCAUAAGUUCCAAGUCUUCCUUUAUAUUUUUAGAUGACUUAUUUUAAUCUUCUGCCAAGCUACAAAGAAGGUGGAAAAUGUCUAUUUUUCUUCGUAUCACUUCAGUGUAGCAGGAAAGAUUCUCAUCCAAAAGUAAGUGAUUGCAGGGAUGUUCACACUGUCAGAAAUCCCACGACUCCCAUGUUGUUGCUGCAGGUGGCUUUGGAAAGGCUGGGAAACUUGGUAGGCGGAGGGAGUGGAGCACCAAAGACCUAAUUAGUGAGAGCUGAGCUGGCUAGUGGAGCAACAGAGGAAACUUGUGGAGGAAAGGGGGAGCAUGGACAGCCAUCAUUUUACGCUGUGUAUCCUUUCACGUUUCUUCACCCAAAAGUUUGGGCUUUAUACUUCUAUUGUGUCAAUAGGAGAUCUGCAUCUGACCUUCUUAAUACGAGCUUUCACAUAGUUGAAUGAUGCCCUGAUGCGGGCAGAGUCAGAUGUGUGCUCUUUCCACAAGUAGUAUGAAUCCAUGUAUUUGAAACAAUGCUUUAGCUGUCAGACAACUGAUAAAUCUCAUGUUAUCAUUUUUCCUGGUGUUUGACUUGUCUUGGAUAAGUAAAUAAACCCUAGGGUUAAAAAAAACACACAAGUGAGACAGAACCCUCUUCUAUCCUGAAGGUGAAGAUGCAAACCUGCAAGGAGUCCAUCUAGGAUCCUAGGCUAUUUGAGGGAUGGAGAGGUGUAGAACCCAAAAUAUAGUCUAAUACAGUGGGUAUGAUACUCUUCUGGGACGGUGGAUAAAAAAGAGUCACGAGGCAGAGAGUCACUCCAGUGGGUUUACUGCAUACUGGAGAGAUGUCUUCACCAACCUAUUGAAUAGGCAUCUUUUCUUGAUCUCUGGUUAGGUAAAUUUGGAUUUUUGUUUCCAGUUUGGCAUGGGCCACACCUGUAAUAUUGCAUUCAUGUUUUUAGCUGGUACCCCAAAAAUUCAUGAUUUCUUUUUUCCAUCAAGACCCUAUAGUUUUCACUUUGUUUUUUAUUUUCUGUGUUUCUUUUUAUAAUCUUGAUAUUUUGUUAAUUAUACUGUAUAACUAUAAGCUUCUACAGAGUAAAGUGAUUUCAUCUGCCUCUUCUGGUUCCAUUGGCAGAAUGGUAACCUCUGAAAUUGCUUGGGAGAAGGUGCUAAUAGAAAUCAGCUGAAAUUUGCUGUCAGUGUUUUACUAAUAUGGAAUUUUAAGGUUUGUGUUGUACAGAAAAUAAAUACAGAUUUUACUGUUGCUGUGUUGUGAGAAGCGUUGAUUUCAAUCUUUAAAUUCCUAUAGGACAGAGAUGUAAGGCAAAAAGCAGUGUGGGAGGAGAUAUGGUCAGCACUUGACCAAAUAUCAGUAUGCUAGAUUUAGUUUAUUUCUUUGUUACCUGAUGGUGUGAUUCUCUUUUAUUAAGAAAUAUGUUUCUGUGCUUGGUCAGAGCAAAGGAUGUUUAAAGUAUAGUUUCUAACUAUAGGAAUAGUUGAUCACUUUGCAAUGCUCACAAACCAAGGAAAAAAGGAGGUGUAAGGUGCUAAAAAGGUAACAUACAGAACGUCAAAAUAUAGCUUUCUUCAACCUGAUACCUUCCAUAAUUCUAAUUCUGUAGUGCUUCUGGUUAUGUUCACGGAUGUUAGAAUGCAUGUUUGUUGCAGCCAGUGUCUCAACAAGCCCAUCUUGAGGUUACUAGGACUCCUUUUUGUCACAUGAAAACAAUAGGUCUUGUGUGUAUUUUAAAUGUGCUGUGAUUGCAGAAAUGUUUCCCAGGCUUUCCCUAUGGGUCAGGGCAUAGUGUAAAAAAAAAAGAAGUAAUGUUUACCUACCUUACAAGAGGUCAAGAUGUCUAAGCAGAACUGUUUAAAUUUUCAGCACCAUAGAAACAUUGUUAGGACUCCUUGUGUGUAACACACUGUGAUUUUGACUUCACUGAUAAUUACCUUUUUUUCCCUGUAAAAUCAGCCAAAAUCCAUGUAAAGCUGUGUUUUUUGUAAUGUAGUUCCAGAAAUGUUCAUCUUACAGGAGCUAUCAUUUGUUCAUCCUAAUUGCUGUAGCCAGGUAGUGUUUUGACCCAAAAAACACAUUUACUUGGGAUAGGCAGUAGUUCUUUGGUUUGACAAGGAGUUUGGCUAUUUAUGAAAAGUUAAAUAGUGUUCUGCACGUUCUUCUGCUCUUUAAUUGGUGUUAAAACACAAACUCUUGGCAGAUUUCUAUACAUGCAUGUUAAAACCUUUAUUUUAUGGAUGUAUGCUUAAACCAUUGGGAAAUAACGUUUGUGUUUCCUAAUCACAAUGGAUAGAUCAAAAAUGAGCCCAAACAGGCUUGAUUCCUCUCAUUUAUAUAGUGGUCCCUUUAGCAGAUGUACCAGUUAGCGGGUUUCUGUCUCUGGAUUGGAACCAGUGUGUUCCCUGGCCCUAUAGUGCAUGUUUUGGUUCAGUUUUGCAAGAAUGGCAAUCAUCAGAGAUGUCCUUUUAAGCCUUUCCAGAUUUUGUGUGUGACUCUUAAAUGGACAGAGGAGCAGACAGCCGCACUAUUACAUGGUACUUGCUAGCUAUGCCAACUGCCCAAAACCUUUUGGACAAUCUGUGUGUAGGAAGGUCUUCAUUUGCUAUGUAUACUAACUGAAUGGCAAAGUAUUUUAGACGGUAUAAAUGUACCACUACAGAAUUUCAAUAAACAAAAUAAGGAUUUCUUGUUAGCUAGGACAGUAAGCUGAGUUUUAAUUUUCAUUUUACAUUCUACAACUAUUAUCAAAUAUACAUUCUCUUCUGCAGUAAAACCCAGCCUCUGGGUGUUGUGUGAACACACAGCGUGCAACGGGUCCUAAUGUGUUGCAAUUACUUUAUAGUAAUCCCAUUUAAUGCCUGUUUACUGAAGAGCAGAAAUGAUUUUUUUUCUUAGCAAUUAUACAUAUUAGUUUUGCAUUUCUUAGGACAUCUGUCAUCCUUUCAGAAUGAGUGUUGCUCUUUGUACUUCAUUGGGCUUUUCAGUGCAAAUUACCUUUUCUGUCCAUGUGCUGUUUUUAAUACGUUUUGGAUAUUUGUUAUCCAGGAUGAAAGCGACAUGGUGAGAUUCUGAUGAUGCCUUCCAGAGUUGCAAGCAAAAAAAAAAAGAAGAUUGUCAGAACUUAGAAUAAUUAAAACCUUUCUUGCUAAAACACAGCAUUUCUGGAAACAUGAACCCUUAGGCCCGCUGCUACAGGCAGUACAAGUAGCUCAGGAUUAAGCAGUAUAAAAACUUCAGAAUGUCUCAGCAAUUGAUUUUUAAAGAACUGGAAGUCUGAGAGUCAGAUAUCUGCAAGGCUUUACAAACCACAAGAUCCUUAGAAUUUGUUCUUAGGACAGCUUUUAUUUGUAGGCAUGCCUUGGAAGCUUCAAAUGCUUUUUUUUUGUUCAUCUUUUGUUUUUUUUUUUCCCUCUCAUUAGAGUACAUAGAAGAUGACAGAUAUUACUAGGCUUCUGGCAAGUUCCAGGCUGCUGGGAUUGAUGUGUUAAACAACUUUCUUUAACAAAGUAUUUCACUUGGUUAAGUGCACACUUUAAAGAGUUGCAUGAAUUUUGAAAAUGCUGUGAGUAAAAGCAUAGGUGAGCUUUUGUCUAGACUGUGAAACGUUCUUUGAAGUUGAAAAAAAAACUUAAAGGGAGAGGCUAAAGGAUAUCAUCUGCCAGUCUUCCUUCCCAAUUUUCUUAAUAAAGAAUUUAAUUGGAAUAUCUGAAUUUGUAAUUAGUUUUUUAAAGUUUCUGUUGUCUGCAUAAUUUUCUAUUCUCCCUCUGGAGAACACUUUUUGUGUCAGGUUGGCUUAUGUGAUGCCAAACUUCUCCUUUCCUGACAACGGGGAACCGUGCAGGUAAUUUUCCUAGGGAAGUCUCUUUGUUUUGCUUUGCAGAUGAUCUGAAACUCACUUGAGGAAAUUACAAGCUGUUUGAUGUGUUUUGAUUUCCUGUUCAGCAAUUAUCAAAAAUCAUCAUGUGCUUAUAAGUGUUGGAAGCAGUGGUAAUGGAUCUGUUGUCAGAUAACAUUGUGGAAAAUGAUUUUAGAUUGGUCUACCAAAACUAAAAUUGUUUCCUAACAAAGGAAAUGACUUUUUCCUUUCAGUUGUGGUUUACUGUUCCUGAAGGAUCGCCCUGAAUGGAUAAGUCUAUCCUGGGGGAAUCGUUCCUCUCAUUUUUGGGCCUACUAAAGAAAUUAUGUACAAAUUGAAGACUGAAGAACAGGAUUGGAUUCUUCUUCCUGACACUUCUAAUGCAUUCUCUUACCUCUUGUUAUGGCUGUUCUUUCCCUUUUAGACUUUAUAUUUCACAUCCAGUUCAUCCUUCUCCUUUUUAAGGUUUUGUAUAGUCUCCUCUCUUCCCUGCAGUUUCCUGAGGUGCAAGAUCAGCGGUUACACAAGUGAGGAUGCUUCCUGAUCUCCCUCUCUUCUGUUCAUGUUGUGUUUAUUUUUUGAGAUCUUCAGAGAGUGUCUGAAGAAGUAACUGUGGUACACAUUGCUUCACCAAUUUCAUUUUGAGGGCUGUGCCUCUUGGUCAAAGAUGGAAACUUUCUAGUCUUUCCAACUGGCAAGUUGUCUGUUCAUCGAGAAUCAAGCAAUGGUGUUAGACAUUUUUUUUUUUAAAGGGUAUUCAUUGUUCUUCACUUUCAUACUUCUUUCUUUCCCACUCCACUUUUUGUGCCCACAAACAAACUGAUGUCAUGAGGUCACAGCGCUAUUCUUACUGCAGAGCAGUGAAACUGGGGUUACCACCACCUUAAUGUUUAUUUCCAUUCCCCAGUUCACUGUAUUACUUCAAGCACAAUUGUAUUUCAUGCAGCUUUUGGUUUUUUGUUUGGUUGUUUUUUUGAUGUCUGGUACUUGCAACACUGUUUAAAAAAAAUAAUAAUUAAAAUCUUUUGUCUUUGCACUUUAACCAGAAUUCUAGCAAUGAAUUGACCAAGAGAAAGCAGGGGAUUUGACCUCCUUAAAAUUGACAUGCUGAUAGAAGUACUACAGGGAUAAAGCUUGUCUUACUGAAAAAUAAUGCAAGUUUAUUAUGGAGCUCUCUCUGCAAUUCUUAUUGCUGUAUUUAACAACAAUGCAACUUAGCCUAAGGUAGAAGGGAAUAUGUUUAAUUAUUUCCAAAGGUUGUGACUGUGUUCAUCUCAAGUCUACAGCAUGGGAAUAUUACUUAAGGCUGUGUGGUUAAUGCUGUACUGAAAUCUGAGUUUGAUAUCUUAAUUGACUAUCUUUAGUUCAUAGUGCUGUCAAGACUGUGCUCUUUUUUGCCCUUCUUAUAGACUCUACAGAUGCUUACAGAAAUGCAAACUGAAAGAAGCUAUUGAAUUUUCCUUUAUAUACCAGAACAUGCAAUAGAUGCAAACCAAUUUUUCUCAUUUUGAAAAUAUCUUUGAUGUACCCUUCUGGCUCUGAAGUGUUUUCUGUGCUUGGUUUGGAAAUAAAUCCCUCUGCCUUUAAAACUAGUUAAAUUGCAGGUUCGAUUGCACUGAAGUAAUUAGUGAAACGGAAUCAUGAUCUGUGCAUUUUCCUUUAAUGAAGUACACCGUAGGAAUUAAUUGGUAUUUGUAUUAUUGUGCAGGCUUCAAAGUUGUGAUACCAAGAAAGUUUCUAACAAACCCGAUGCAAGGUGGUUGGUUUUGUGGUCCUUGCUUUUCUUGUUCUUACCUACCUGACACAACCAUCAGGAAAGGAAGACCAGAUGAAGACUCAGUAUCAUUAUUUCCUCAUGAAAACAAUGCAGAAAACCAAAAACAUGAACUGUUUUCCCCUUAUUUAUUCUUGUAAUCAGUUUAGUUUAGUUUCCAUGGGAAUGUUAAGCAAAGAUCACAAGUGCAGAUGAGACUAUUUCUCCCAAUUAAACAAUUGAACUUGCCUUAACCCUGUGUGCUCAGGCGUGUCUGCCUGCACAUGCAACUUGCUCGUAGCUCACCUCUGACACUUGCACAGAUUUCAGCAGUUUCCAGUUGCACACCAGAAAGAAAUCUAAAGGACACUUCCAGGUGAUACAAAUGCAUUCGCUUCUUUGACAUUAAGAUUUAGCACUGUACAACUGUUUUUCCUUUCAUAGUUGAAAUGUUAACUUGAAGUAGUCUUGCAAAGCUGAAUUUGUUAGCUCUGUACUCAAGGCAGAUAUGGUGCAGUCUGGACGUGAACAAUAAAUGUUCUCUUACAAGCUGCUGUUUCAGGUGGGUUUGCGGCUGCUUCCGAAGAUGUCAGUCUCUAAACUCGAUAUUCUGUUUCACACACAGAGUUGAGUAAAUGGACUCCAUGUGAAAUAGCAGUGGUAAUAUUUUCUGUGCCACGGAUGCACCAUGACAUUUUUGUUCUUCUGAGGAGGCUGAGUAAUAUAAUGGGGCUGUGGGAGAAAAGUGAAAUGACUCCAAGGAGAAAAGUUAAGCCAAAAUGAAAAAGUUGGUCAGAAGGUGUUUGCUCCUAAGAAAUAGAAAAAAAAUCAGCAGUGGAUUUCAAAGUUUGUUUGCAUAAUUUUGCUUUCAAUGAAAUGUUUUGCUCCUCGUGUGUAUAUUUGCCUACUUUUUCCCUGUCCUCAUUCAGGAGUACAGUUUUCUGACCAGCUCUUAAGGACGUUACUAAUUUUAACACUCAGGCUUUACAUUUUUGAGAAACAAAAAGCAAAACCACCUGAACACAUAUGCCUACCUUCUGCCAAGAAAAAAAAAAGAAUAAGUGCCUGUGGCUCACUCUAUGGAUCGUCAGUUUUUGAAUCCUAUAGUGUGUGUGUAUAAUACAGAAAAUAAAAACUUGGAGUGUUAGAGUGAAUCGUCACUCCUGCUUUACAGUGUGUACAUGAGACCACAAAAUUGUUGAUGCAUCAUGUAACCAUAGAGACAGAUGGAACUGGUGAGAACAAAAGGAGAUGGAUCUAACUUUCUGAGUAGCAUGGGAGAAAUGAGGAUGCGUUAUGCAGGGGAUCAGAGCACGCAUUCUGGAGACCCUUGUAAUGCUCAUACUUCUUGCACUGCUUAUCCUUGGAAUCGUAUGGGUGGCUUCAGCUCUCAUAGACAAUGAUGCUGCCAGUAUGGAGUCUUUGUACGACCUCUGGGAAUUCUACCUCCCAUAUUUAUAUUCCUGUAUAUCACUGAUGGGAUGCUUGUUACUUCUGUUAUGCACGCCAGUGGGACUUUCGCGGAUGUUUACAGUAAUGGGUCAGUUGCUGGUGAAGCCAACAAUUCUUGAGGACCUAGAUGAGCAGAUGUAUAUCAUCACUUUAGAGGAAGAAGCAAUUCAGAGGAAGCUUAAUGGGAUAUCUUCCACAUUGGAAAACCAGACAGUGGAGUUGGAACAGGAGCUUGAAAAAGUGAAGUGCAAGAAAACAAAUCUAGAACGUCGGAAAAAAGCUUCUGCUUGGGAGAGGAAUUUAGUGUAUCCAGCUGUUAUGAUAUUGCUACUGAUUGAGACAUCCAUCUCAGUCCUAUUAGUUGCUUUCAACAUCCUUUACCUGUUGGUUGAUGAGACUGCAAUGCCAAAAGGAUCAGGGGGACCUGGAAUAGGAAAUGCAUCCCUAUCCACCUUUGGUUUUGUGGGAGCAGCACUUGAAAUCAUUUUGAUUUUCUAUCUCAUGGUAUCCUCUGUCGUCGGCUUCUACAGCCUUCGUUUUUUUGAAAAUUUCAUUCCCAGGAAGGAUGAUACAACUAUGACAAAGAUAAUUGGAAACUGUGUCUCAAUCUUGGUGCUGAGCUCGGCUUUGCCAGUGAUGUCAAGGACACUGGGAAUUACUCGAUUUGAUCUGCUUGGAGACUUCGGAAGGUUUAACUGGCUGGGAAACUUCUAUAUUGUAUUAUCUUACAACUUGCUCUUUGCUAUCAUGACAACAUUGUGUCUGGUCAGAAAGUUCACUUCUGCUGUGAGAGAAGAGCUCCUGAAGGCAUUAGGACUAGAUAAACUUCAUCUGUCGAACAAUCCAAGAGACUCAGAGACAAAGCCGUCUGCAAAUGGGCAUCAGAAAACACUGUGAUUGACAAUCACCUGCAAUCAACAGAGCUGAAAACAUCAACCUCAUGGCAUUCCCGUCAUCUCAUCAGUGUUUUUAUAUUGUUCUUCUGUUGAUAAUCUGGGUCCAGCCUUGUCUCAUUUCUCGAUGCUGUGUGCUUCUGAGGAACUUAGCUGUAUCAGAUUCUUCUCUUUCCAGUUAACUUUUGGUCUGCUUGUUUAUUUCCCAGUAAGUUAAUGCAGGAGGUGCCUUGAAGACUGGAAGCUGAAGAGAAUAAUUAAUUUCUUUUUAUUGACAGUCUCAUAUCUUUAGAUACAAACCUGCGACACUCUGAAUGCACAGUACCUCCUGAGUAAUGCAAACAGUUGUAAAGAAUAACUUUGGGACUUUGUUUUUUUUUAAAAAAGGGUACACUUGAAGCCCAGUAUGACCCUUACUGGAAAUGCAAGCUACUUAGAGUGGGCAUCCUUGACAGUAGAUAAGCAGUUCCACUAAAAUUGUUUUAAAAAAGAAAGUUACUGGUAGAGACCCACAGUUCAUGUUGGACUCGGUUGGCUGAUAGCAUGAAGCUUUCUUGGAAGGCCGACGUUUUCAGUUCUCUGUUCCCAGCUGUAAAUGCCAGGUUGCUUUACUGGUAGUCAGGCAGUGUCUAAUUAAAUAGUGAGCAACACAAUGAAGGUUAACUUCAGUGUUAAAUCUGAGCCUAGUGUGCUUUGGAAAAAAAAAAAGCUGCAUAGACCCCAUGUCACAGCUCUUACAAUUCUGUAAUGAUGUUGUACCGUGGAGGUCACUCACCCUUCCAAGUACAUCCCUGUAAAAUUCUGUAUGAACUCCUGUGUGUAAGCAGUACUUGUAACCCAUGCAAGUAGCACAAGGCUAGGAGGCUGUGGUUGCAGGUUUUUUUUUAAGUCUUCUUUAAUUUGAAGUAAAUUAUUUCUCUGAAUUUAUACUGUAGUUAUGAGGAUUUCUGUUCAGUGGCAUAAUCCUGUAUCUUUCACUAGCCUGUUUUUUUAAUGUACACACAAACAUGUAUAUAGGACUACAUGUGUAGAUACCAUAAAUUAAAUUCUAAGCUUAUAGAGAUGGCGUAGGUGGUUUGGUAAGUAAAGCUUGUGUGUUCAAGCUUGGUAGUACAAAUUUUUGUGAUGUUAAAAUUUAACUGCCCAGAGGCCUUACAUUCAGAAUGGCAUCAGUGAGUGCAGUGUCAUUUUUCUUAGCAUCACUGCUGCCUUAGGAAUCCUAUUAGCGGUCUAUAGUAAUAAUAAUAAAAAAGAAACAUAGAAAAGGCAAAACCAGCACCCACCAACAAAACCCCAGCUGUUCAAACUCUAGUUGCAUUUUUGUGCUGCUAUGUUACAGGUAAUGUUCAAAUGGAUCGGAAUGAGGACAACUUCAGUAUGUGCCCUGUAUGUAGUGGGUCAGUUAAUGUUCCUGGUUAUUCUGGUUCCUGUUAAACUGAAGUAUGUCUGUCUGUGGUUUGAGGUCUUGAGUGUGAUCAGGCUGUGACAAUUAACUCUCCAGUGGGGUUCUAAGAUAAACCCUGUUAGAGAAGCUGUUGGGUGGCAUCUACUGAGAUGGCUGCACUGGGCUGUAGACUUACAGGUGUGUGUGUGUGAAUGUGAGAGUUGUUUUUUUUCUUUGUUUUCGUAGACAGUUUCAAAAAUCAAGCUCCAGUUUACCUGAGAAUUUCUUGGUUUUUUUUUUUUGCAGGCUGCCUUUUCUGACUUGAACUGGGGCGUAAUGUAAAUACUGCUGUAGCAAAUAUGCUGGAGUUACUUUUUGUGUGAUUAGUAUGAAUUCAAGGCUUAUUAAACUGACUGUUGAUGUGUUGUACUGAGUCUUGGAGGACUUAAAGUAAAAUUGCUUGAUUUUACUAAGAUUUACAAGCAUCUCUUUCUGUUGUUGAAUGCUCUUUUAGUGAGAAAGGUUUUCUGAGUCAGUUCCUCAGCCAAGAACAGGGAGCUAUAAUUAGAAUUUGUUUGAGAAUGUUUACAUUUUAAACACAGGGAGUUUUUUUUUUAUUAGGGGCAUAAUUCAGGUAUUCUCAGAGCUUGCAGCCUUAUGUGUUAUCAUUAUAGCUAAAGGCAUAUGAAAUGUAUCCACUUGUCCACAUAAGUGAUAGUAUGACCAAAGUUGUCCUAGUGUCUUAAUGGGGCAGGUGAGCUGCGAGUGAGGCUAGUUGGCUUUGUUAAUUUCUGUUGCAACUUUGACAGUUAUAUGAGUAUGGUCUUUGAAUGGAUUUGAGGGUGCACCAACAUAAGUCUUGGUUUUCACACUUCUCUCACUAGAGACAGAACGUUUCAGAGAGGUUUGUCCCAGCAUCAGUGAUCCAAGAAGGCAGGAAGAGAUGGGCUUCUGAGGUGCAUGGGGCUUCUGAGAGCAAGUUGAACAAUUAAGCUGAUCAGAGGCAGCUCUUGCUGAUGAGCCUGUGAGGUUCAGGCAAAACUUGAAAACUGUUUCAAAGUGAAUGUUACAAACGUGCCUGCUCCCACCCCUUCUGCAUUCUGUAGUCAAAGAGAUGCGUGGGUAAAGCCUGUAAGAGAAUAUUUUACACUGGAAUAUGACAGAUGCUUAAGGACACUGUGUGGUUUCCAUGGUGGAUAAGCAAUUCAGAUCUACCCUUUGCAGUUAGUGACAGUGUUUUGUUUAAAAACCAACUGUUUAUAUUGUAACACUGUCUGCAUUAUAUGUUUGGCCUUGAAAAUGACAUGCUUAUGCAGAACUCCUUACAGAGCCAAUGGUACUUUCAAGUAUCCUGUGUGUAAGAUACAGGUCACUGUAUACUUUUCACAGAAGCACAUGGUCACUUAAAUACACGCAACUGGUAAUUCAUUAAUGGAUAUGAUGAUGCAUUCCUAGUAUUUUGACUCAUGUAGAGUCAGGUGGUCUAUACCUUCAAGGUAUAUACAACUGAUCUUAGUAACAUUAACAUCUGCCUCACUUCUUAGGAGGCAAAAAGCACAUAAAUGCUUCCAUCUUCAACUAGAUACCACGCAAGACCAAAAAAAUAGAUGUAAAUUAGGUGUUUUAGAUCAGCCAUUUCUUAGCUUUAUUCUGUGUUGGUAGCACAAUAUUAAGUACAGUGGCAGAGCUGUAAUAUCGUGGGGUUUCUAAAUAUAAAGCACACUGGCGAUACUUAACACCUUAAGAUGAUAAAUAGCAGUAUUGGUUACUGUACAGUAACAGUUUUUGCAUUCGUAGGAAGCUUUGUUUACUGUUUGUAAUGUGACGUUCAUCUUUGGCCCCGCUCCUCCACUGUCUUUUUCCCUGUUGACUGCUUUACGGUGUCAUAGAAAUUAAAGGAUUUGACAAGUUGCUCUCCUUGUCUGGUUCCGAAGUACCACCUCGAGGGGGGCAGCUGUGUGUGUGGGCAGAACCUUGUGCAGCCCUGUGCUGAGUGGGAUGGAUGCAUGCAGUGCUGCAGAGGGACGUGUUCUCCUCCGUGUAACUGAUGUGUGCCACCAGGAGCGACAGCCGUGAGAGGGCUACAGCAGUCUCUUCUGUUCCUCACCCAUGUCUGCAGUAGCAGCUCAGCUGGGCUCACUGCUGCAUAGGAAGGACAAGCUGGCCCUUUCUGUAACAAAUUUACCCUCUAAUGUACAGGAAGAAGGUAAAAAGCAAAGAGCAAUCCCAUCCAUGUGGCUUAGAAUUUGUUAAGGAUGGCCUACAUUCUCCCUUCUUGUCCCCCUCCUUCAGAAACUUGGUGGGCUCAGGCAGUAAAGUAUUGUGUGUUAUGCAUCUGUAUUUAAGCAGCAUGUAUAACUGGGAAUGCCAAGUGCAGGAGUCCAGCUAAAUCCUACUGUUUUAUGCAUACUCUGAAUUUUAAUUUAAUUAUUUAUGUAGGUGAAGUCAUUUCUGUAGGGACAGCACACUACAGCCAAUUGAAUAACCUCUUUAAGAAGAAAUAACUUUGUUUUGUUUGAUUAAAAAGGUUAUAUGAACUGUGAACCUUUAAAUGCUUCAGCUCAGGCUGUAAGGUCCCCAUGCCCUUCCUGUUGGUAUUUUUUUCAUUUUAGUGCUAACUUGAAACAAUGCUAAAGGUUAUCUAAGGAUGCAAAUCUACCUGACACUUCUCACCUGUAUCUUUCAGGGCCUAGAAUCUUGUGCUGUUAAUUGUACUGCUGAUGCUUAACAAGCAAUCUGUUCAAGUUGCAUUAAUAUCAUUUGAACGCUAAAAAUUUCUGCUUUUGAACUCAUCAAGAGAGCAGUCGGAGCUGACAGCUGUCCCCUGGCCUGCUUUGAUGUGGAUUCCAGACUAACCUGGUGUGCAGGUGACAUCUGCAGCUGGUGAUAACCUCUGCCACCUCUUCCUGCCUUGCCCAGUGCCCUUCCUUCAGACGAAGUCUAACACUGCCCAAAGAAGCUGUGGUGCUCCUCCUUUGUUCUAGGCAUGAGGAGAUUGGCCCACGGGUUGUCCAUCUGCUACACAGUUCUAGUUGCUGUGUUUUUGGAUCACUUGUGAUUGAUGUUCUCAGAGUCUGCAGUCAAAACCAUGGGAAGGAGUUGUUUGCAUCUUGUGUGAAAUUAGGACUGAGUGUGACUUCCAGAAUCCCCACUGGGCACAACGAUUUUAGGAAGCUGGAGCAGAAAAGUUGGGAAGAAGGCUGUAGCUGACCUCUAUGCUGACCAUCUCCUGGCUCUUCCAUCCUUCUCCUAGUUGAUCUUUAGAAUUGAACAUCAGAGAAAAUCCUUAUUUUAAAUUCUUAAGUUGAUGAAGUUCAAGUGCUGAUGAAACUGUGCUAAACUUGGCCUUAAUUGUUGGUUAUUAACAUCUUUUCAAGUCCAUUUAUAUAGAGUGAGCACCACUGGAAAUGCAGCGAUGAUGCUCUUCUGUUACAAACAUAUUAGUAUUUAUUCAUUCAUUUGCACUUCAUCUGUUUUCUACUACUGGGUUCCAUUAAAACAGUCCUGUCAUUAGAGUAUGGCUGCUCUAAGAGUUUACCAAGAGGUCUGAAUUUGGAGUGAGAUGGAAAUGCUUUAGUCAUGCUUUUAGCUUCCAGUAAUGCGAGGCAACCUACCUGCUUUUCAGGUGAAGUAGUAACUUCUUUGUACCAUUGAUUGGAGAUCAUGCAGAAGGCUGUUCUUGUGAAGGAACUGACGUAUGAACAUUUCAGACCUCCAUGUGAAAUGACCAUGAAGAAAUGCAGCUGUGUUGUGAAUGUAACGGAUGUGUAAAAAAAACAUGCGUUACUCUGAAAGGCACUGUCUCUAAAAUCCCCACUGAGGAGAUGAGAGUACCUGGGUGCUGCUUGUCAUCCAUCACUCCUGGUCACCUUCAAGUGCCCUAUGCUGGUGUGUCCAUAAGAGUACAGUCCUGAAUGAGUGCUCCUCUUGGUGUUGCUACUGCUGUCACUGUAAGAAUGGCAGCAGGUCCUUCCCCCUCGUGCACUUCUGGAUUUUUUACUGUAGUGUUACUCGUUUAGAUUGGUCUUAGUUCUUCUAAAUUGAAAACAAUUGCACAAUCUUAACUGUGUGCGAACCUGAGUGAUGGCGGAUGGAUUUAGUCGUACUUUGUUGGCCCAGUUUGUGCUUAAGGCCUUGUAGAGUCUGUAGUCUUGAGCAACAGCUUUUCUUUCACAUGGUUGUAUGUUGGACCAAGGUAAAACCUGGUUGAAAAAUGACGUUCUCCAUGCUAAUGCAAACAGAACAAUAUUCUGUAUGAAUACCUUCUCCCCACCAAACUCUUCUUAGAGUAUUUUAGGUCAUCCAGGAGUGUGUUUUACAGUGUUCUCAGUUGCGGAUGCUUUGCUGUUACAAAACUUGAUGAAAAUAAUUCUUGCUGAGACUUGGUCAGGUUGACUUUUUUGUGUGUGUGAAAAGCCGUGGUUGUAGUUUCUUUUUUCCCCAUUGUCUGAAAUGUUACAUUCAGUGUUUUGUAGGAAGAAGUGUUUUUUGUUUUCAUUUUUACUGUGUUUUCAAUAAAGUGUGAUUCGUA